GUUUGGAAAAAGAAUAAAAAAACAAUUUUAUAGGAGGGAUGGAGAAUUGGAUCAAAAACAAAAGAACAGAAAGAUUUAAAAAUAGGUAGUAGAAUAUGAAUGAGUUGGAUUUUCAGAUUCAGAUUCUGGGCUGUCCAACUCCUACCACUAAAUCUCUCUCACAGUCACCGCAGAAAUUAGUGAGAGAGGGAAUCAUAUCAUAUUCAUAUGCAGGCAUGCGGCUACUUAGCGCUAGGGCCCACCUCUUUCGACGGUGGCGGUCGUCCCAAAUUCAUUCUUGGAUGGAGUCGCCGUCGUCCAUUCUCAGCUUCCGCCGCCCUCAACCACACUCACUACGACGUGCUCGGCCUCUUACCUAACGCUUCAACCUCACAAAUCAAGAGGGCCUACCGUCUCCUCGCUCUCAAGUAUCAUCCCGAUGUUAAUAAGGAAAUAGGAGCUAACGAGGAUUUCAAGAGCGUCCGACUUGCUUAUGAAAUACUGAUUAAUGAAUCAACAAGGAGUGAAUAUGACAAAGCUCUCCGUCAUCAACCUAGCAGAAGAAGGCCAUUAGGGGAUGAGUGGUCCAUCAAUCAAGAAUACGAGGACGGUUUGAGGCUGUACAGAUGGGCUUACCUGAGGCGGAGGGAGAAGUAUUGGGAGAGAGAUGAAGAGGAGUGUGAUGAAAAUGAGAGGCGUGAAUGUGAUGAGGAGAGAGGAUCCUUGUUUGAAGUUGUUAGAUCAGCAUUCCUCAGUGUGUUUCUGAUGCAGACAGUUGGUGUGCGGCUGUCUCUCACAUUUAGUAGCCUUAUGGCUCUGUUGGACCAAAAUCUUGAUGCAGGAUAUAAAUUUGGGUAUUUGAUUGCAUGGAUAGUGGGCGGAAGGGGCGGCGUCUUGCUUUCGAUUUUCUUAUCAUUUGCAAGUUGGGUGUGUGGGAAAACCAGCAGUGGCGUAGUUGCUCUUGUAGUUGUUGCUAUGUGGCUUGGUUCAAAUGUUGCAAGGUGUGCUCCAAUUCCACAAGGUGCUCUUCUCACUCUUCUCUACAUGUCAAUCAAGCUGCACAUUGAUCUAACCUAACCUUCCUCUGCAAUACCCAAUGGAUAUACAUAUUUUGUAUUCUUUUUUUUUGUUUUUGUGAAUAUGUAUUACCUUAAGCUAAAAAUUUGUUAUAUUAUCUAGGGUUAUUUUUAAAAAUAGUCCCGACUUUGACUUGAUCUUGAGUUUUUAGUUCGAAUUUAUAAUUAUUACAUUUAUGUUUUCA